CCAUUCACCUCGAUAACUUACCUAAUCAUUGUGCCAACUUGUUUUGUUUAUCUCUAAAAAAAUAUUACUUUCCUUUGUGGCAAUCCUUCCAGAAAGCACCGUGAUUAUCAUUAAACUUCCUUCCGUCUGUACUUCUCAUAGGGAAACAAGUGAAGUUAAUCACUCACAUCGCAUGGCAACUCAAACCGAACCAAAGAAGAUCAUAAUUGAUACCGACCCUGGAAUCGAUGAUGCUAUGGCUAUAUUCCUUGCUCUACGAUCACCAGAGAUACAAGUUAUUGGACUUACAACUAUUUAUGGAAACGUUUACACUACUCUUGCUACCAGAAAUGCCUUGCAUCUCUUGGAGAUUGCUGGAAGAACUGAUAUACCAGUUGCGGAAGGAUCUCAUGUCACGUUAACUAAAGGGACGAAACUUCGCAUUGCAGAUUUUGUUCAUGGUGCAGAUGGACUUGGAAACCAAAAUUUUCCUCCACCAAAUGGGAAACCCAUUGAUGAAUCAGCUGCUGAGUUUUUAGUUAACCAGGCAAAAGCUAACCCUGGAAAAGUAACCGUGGUGGCGUUGGGACCUCUUACAAAUAUUGCUUUGGCUAUACAGAUGGACCCGGAAUUCGCAAAGAACAUUGGGCAGAUUGUUCUGCUUGGUGGAGCUUUUGCAGUAAAUGGCAAUGUGAAUCCAGCUGCUGAAGCAAAUAUAUUUGGUGAUCCAGAUGCUGCUGAUGUUGUAUUCACAAGUGGCGCAGAUGUAUUGGCAGUUGGAAUAAAUGUUACUCACCAAGUCGUAUUGUCAGGUUCUGAUCGAGAAAAGUUAGCAAGUUCAAAAGGAAAAUUUGCUCAAUACCUGACUGGAAUCUUAGAGGUGUAUUUCUCUUACCAUUGUGACGCAUACAACACCAAUGGAGUUUACCUUCACGACCCAACAGCGUUGCUUGCAGCCGUUGAUCCUUCACUUGUAACUUGUACAGAGGGUGCUGUUAGAGUCCAAACCAGUGGCAUAACAAGAGGACUUACAAUACUCUAUAAUAAACAGAAAAGGUUUGAAGAAGUCACUGAAUGGUCCAAUAUGCCAACAGUAAAAGUAGCUGUGACAGUUGAUGCUCCUAGAGUUGUGAAAUUGGUCAUGGAUCGUCUUGUGGCUUGAAGUAGCUAUGAAUCCGUUCAAUUAAAAUUAUUGAAUAUUAUCCAUCUACUUAAAUCUGUUUUUAAUGUUUAAACUCAAAACUAUGCUCGCUUCAAAGCUGUUUUGUUUAUUCUUGGCACUAUAAUUGUGUUGCGAAGCUCUUGAGCAUCAGUUUUUACCUCACAUUUUAGUUCAAUUUCAAUAUAAAUUAACAUUUGUAUCCUAAUUAUUAUAUAUUGAGUCUCAUUGUUAUAUUUUGUUUGGAAUUUAAUAAUUGAAAGGUAAAAGAAAAAUAUUGUUUUAUGUCCUGUUAGAAUAUAAAAUAAUAUUUCAUAAUACCUUGAUACUAACUUCUGCAGCAGUUCUUAUGCAGAAGCCAAUACCAUCUUAGCUACUCCUUUAAUUCCAUUGGCCAUGAAUGACAAGUUGCUUCGGAACCAGGUGAACACAAGUGUACAUUCAGCUUAGUUGAUAGUGAACAUCUCAAAGCUAGUUGAAAUAGGACGAUUUGACGACUUUCAAUUAGUUCACAGGUAAAGAAAUCACGAGGAGAUUGAUGUGAUGCCUCUCUAUUAGACAGUACUCAUCUAAUAUUGCUUGUUGGAAGCAUCGUAACAUGUUAAAAAGUAUCUCUGAUCUUGUGCAAAAUACAUAUUCAGCAGAACUAUACUUUAUGAUUCUAUAAGAAUUCGGAUUUGUGUUUACAA